AUGGUUCAUCAUACGGAAGUAAUUUCAACUUUCUUAAUUAACUAUUUGGCAGGAAGCAACACUGUUUGGGGGAAUAAUAAUAAUAACAGCAAUUAAAAUAGCAAUAAUGGAAAUUUAAUGUUCAAUCAAAACAAUAAUCUUUUUAGAAGUUAAUCAAAUGUGAACAACUAUGGAAAUAAUAAUCAAAAUUCAGGAGCGAAUAAUCUCUGGCCUAAGCCAUCUGGCAGUGUUGUCGGAGGAAAUAAUUGGAAUAACUGGUCUAAUGGAAACAACAACAAUAUCAAUAACUCCUGGAACAACAAUGGAAAUAAUGGAAUGAGUAACAACAAUUCAUGGAACAACAAUGCUAACAACAACAAUGGACUCAGACAAUCUACCUUGAACUUUAACAGUGCAGGAAAUAACAACAAUAAUCAGAAUGGACAAAAUAAUGGAUGGGGGAAUAACAACAUUAAUAAUAACAAUGGCGGCAAUAAUAAUACUUGGGGAAACAACAAUAAUGGCUUCAAUCAAAGCAACUAAAAUAGGAACAAUGUUUCUCCAACUAAGUCUCUCAACUUGAAUUCCUCUAAUGCAUGGCAAAAUAACUCCAACUAGCCCAAGUUCAAUGGUUUUGGCUCGAACAAUAAUCAGUUUGGUCAAAAUAAUUUUUAGACAAAUUCUCAGUUCGGAAAUAAUAACAAUAAUGGUUUUAACAACUAAAAUAAUAAUAACAACAACAACAUGUUCAAUAGACCAUCGAAUGGGCCUAGUAAUUUUUCGACAGGAUUCAACAACCAGCAGAAUCCUACUUUGAAUCUCAAUAUCUAUGGAAAUAAUAACAACAACAACAACUCUUAGUUCAGACCAACAGGAACUCAACUAAAUUUUAACAGUUCCAACAACAAUAAUUCAUAGUUUGGUAGAUCAACUAAUUUUACUGGCUCAAAUUCGAGUAAUUCUUUUAACAAUGGCUUUCAAUCAACUCUUAAGUUUGGAUAAACUGGUACUAAUACUUGGGGAUAGCAAGGAACUGGAGGCUUCAAUUCUGGCUCUAACUUCAAUAUGAAUUCAGGUGGCAUGAACAACAACCAGAAUAGUGUCAUGAACUAGAAUGCCUUUAAUAUUCUGCAGUAGAUGCAGAGAUAGCUGACGAUUCCUGAAUUCUAGAACAAAGAUUUCAAAGAGAAACUCUAAGACUUGAAAAGAAGUAUUGAAGAUCACAUUUGCUCCGCCUAAUUCGGCAAGUUAAACUCUAAUGACUAGGGGAGAAUUGCUGAGUCUAAUUACAUGAUGUUUUGCAACACAUUAAAUGAGUAUAUGGACUAGGACAAAAAGUCAAGAUAUGGAGGACUUCUUGGUAGAGGCUAAUACUAUGAUUAAGAUAAAUAACAUAGAUUCCACAAGCCCAUGCUAUACAUUAAUAAUCCAUUGAGAAAUUAAUCAUUGAGUGUAUUAAGCUAAGAUAGCUAAAAAUUUGGAAUAUUACUCUACAAUGAACUUAAGCAAUUGAAAACUUUUUCAAAUGAAUAAAUUGAUAUGAUUAAAGAACAAGAGGACUUAACAAAAUAAAGAAAAAAUUUAUUGGAAAAGGUAAGAAACAAAACUAAUAACUCUGCAAUAAUGGCUGAGAAAAGUUUGACUUAGAUAAUCAAAGAGGAAAAGAGAGCUAGUAAAAUAUCUAAAUUCAUCUUUGAUCAAGAUGAGCUUAGAUAUCUAAAUGAGUUGAUGAAAAAUACCAACCCACUUUAUCUUUAUGAGGAAAAUGUUUUUGAAGAAUUAAAGUUCAAAAUUCCUUUUGACUAAUGUUUAAAAAUGAUGGGUGACGUUGUUGAAUCUUGUGACAAGUACACAGAACUCAUAGCGCAGAACAAGUAUUUAGUAGAUGAGCAAGUCAAUAAGGAGAAAAUGUCUGAUGAAAUAUAAAUGAGUGACAUAGCUGAUGAAUCUAGUCCAGAGACUAAGUAUGGCAACUACAUCUAGAUAAUAUAAAAUGCCACAUAAAAGGAGAAUGAAUUAGGAUUUAUUCUCCAAGAAUAAUCCUAUGAUAUCAAGAGAGAAAGAGAUUUCCUAAUUUAAGGUGUAGUAAAGAAGCGUAGAGCAUCAUCAGUAAAAUAUGGUCAAAGAGAAAUUACAAUCAAAGAAGCUUAAGAUGAAUUCGAGAAACAAAAAAACUUAAUGCAAAAAGAGAUAAUGAAGAAUGCUAAUGUUUUUCAAAGAAACAGGUCUGUUGAACUACUGACAAAACUUAACUAGGACAAAUAAAAAGCAGGAUAAGUAUCUGACCAAAACAAAUUACAUUUUAAGGAUGAUGUUGUUGAUUCAGGUCUUAUUGAUAUUGGAGUUAGACUCAGAAAAAGAGAGAGAGAUAGGUCUAAUAGGGAUUAUGAUAAUCUAGCAAACAGAAUGAGAAGAGUUUAUAUUGAUGAAAAUAGUAUUGAUAGAAAUAGGGAUAACAUUGAAAGAAGAGAAUAAAGUUUCAUAGGACAAAAACUCAGGUAGCAAGGCUUUACAGAUGAUAGAGGUAGAGCAGCAGAUGAGGGUUAUUACACUCAAAGAGUUGGAGCAAGAGAUCAAAGUGCUAAUCGAGGUUACUCUCAAAUUGCCAAUCAAAAUCAUUCUAUUGUUAACACUUCAGCAUAAAUGAAGAGAUAUGAUAGAAGUAGAUUGCAAACUGACAUGAGUAAUGUAACUCCCUACAAGAGUAGCAAUAAGAGAACAAUUAUGAACAAUAGACUAUUCUGA